AGCUACCGCCUACGAGCACCCGGUUACGACCUCAUCUCAGUCCGAACAUCGACACAUCUAACAUCGUCGACGGCUUCCGCUAUCGACCUCAUCGACACCUCCUCGCUUCAUCCCAGAUACCGACAUCGAUUCUAGCAGCCAUGGCGCAAGCACCGCGUCCUACCUUCAUCAACCUCCCUCCUCCCACCUCUAACCCAGAUACUCCAUCUGAGAUGCCCGGCACUCCCACGAGCGCCACGACCUCCCUCUCUGCCCUCUCUACCACCGCUAUUAAAGAUGGCCACCGAGGCCACUUUCCCCAGGGUCCCGCCGGUGUCCGCGGCCACGCCCACCACCCCUCUACAACAAGCCUCGAAGCAGAGCGUGCCGACAGAAUCUCCCGUCUCGCCGGAUUAGAGCGAGUCUCGACUCUGCGCGCCCCGCCGCACCAGCAGAAUGCCGGUUCCUCAAUCUCUCCCCAGACGACCCCCACCUCCACCGGCUUCCCUGCCAACUACCCGCCCAAUACGCACCUCACGCCCGCGUACUUUGACGCCCAUGGCCAGCCCACCGCUGUUACUAAGAUGAGCACGGUCGGUACCGCCAGCGCGACCGAGAGCUAUGUCGGUGACGACAACGAGACGCGCACCGCACCUGGUGAGCAGGACGAGGACAUGUUCAGCAUGGAUACCAACUACCGCGAGGCCGACUCGGUUACCAGUAUGGGCGCCGAGCCUGAACGCAUGGACGAGGACCAGACAGCUGGGUCCACCGGAGGCUACGACGACCGCAUGAGCGACGACGGAUCCGCCAGUCUUGUUGGUUUCGGCGAGGGCGCCAACAGCACCGUUUCUGGUCCCAUUUACCAGCGCCGCCCCAUCCCUGGAGUUGCUGGCCAGGCCGGUAUCUGGGGCCUAGAGCGAAGUGCCUCUGGUCUCAGUGACGGUAUGCCGACGCAGCGGGCCCGCGACGUCACAAUCGGCGGUGAUACUCCCACCAGCGCGGCCGCAAUGCAGGAAAGACGGGAUGCGCGGAUGAUGGAUGGUACGACCAAUGAUGGUGCUGGUGUACCUAACGACGAAAUCUCGUGAUACCGCAGAGCGUCUUCUUAGGGAGCGACUUGAUGGGGGCGAGGCGCGCGUAGGUAACACCGCACUUGGUAGCCCUCAGGGUGGCGGCGACAAGCUCGGCAAGUUCUACUUUGAGGAGCGGAAAUGAGGCACCCCGACUCCUUUUCUUAUUUGAUUAAGUAGGCGAAGACAGAGAAAACUGGCGGGCUAAAGACUCCGCCCGCAUGAUUUGGACGGGUUUGUUGCUGGGAUUGGAAUUGAUUUGGCUGGAUUAUGAAUGGCCUAGGUUCGACUAAGACAAUGCGAGCUUCUGAUUAUGACUUGUGGUAUCU